GGCAGCAGCAGGCGGAGGACGCUCAGAUCAGCCUGUAAUCCGCUCCGUCUCUCACUCUACCAUGGUCUCUGCUCGAAAAAACGACUCCUCAGCUUUAUCUGCCUCCCGGAGAUUGAAACUUUAACGACAAACGACACGAAGAGCCAUGUUUUCGGACACCACAGCCCCCGGGAUAUAAGCGCUACUGUCGGCGGAAAGUAGCCACCUCCACCGCGAAGCUGAGAGAACAGAGGCAGCAGCCGUAUCUUUCACACCCGGAGGAAAACACGGCGUCCGGCCUGAGAACAAGCUCCGAGGUCGGGGAAUCUGGUCGGACCCACCGUUUCUGGCCUCCCCUUCCCGAGAGCUCGUUGGAGAAAAUGAAACGAUUCAAACGACACAUCUCUCAGAGGCUACGAGGGAGUCACACCAUCGACGAGUCCCUGUCUGAACUGGCGGAGCAAAUGACCAUAGAAGAGAAUGGGCUCAAGGACAAUGAGCCCAUAGUGAGGAAUGGCCGCCCGCCCUCAGCCCAUAGUGUACACUCCUUCCUGCACCAGUACACUGGCUCCUUUAAGAAGCCCCCCAUGCACCGGCCUCAGAGUGUCAUCGGGGGCGGUCUGGGCUCGCUCAUGGUCAUGCCUCGGAACGGUAGCCGGCUCGAUAUUGUCCAUGAAAAUUUGAAAAUGGGGUCAGACGGUGAGAGUGACCAAGCCUCCGGCACAUCCUCUGAUGAAGUCCAGUCGCCCACUGGGGUUUGCCUGAGGAACCGAGGGAACAGGCGAAUCUCUGCUGAGGACUUGAACAAGCGCCUCUCUUUACCAGCUGAUAUUCGGAUACCUGACGGAUAUUUGGAGAAACUACAGCUCAGCAGCCCCACUUUCGAUCAGCCACUGAGCAGACGAUCACGACGGGCUUCACUGUCAGAAAUUGGGUUCGGGAAGCUAGAGACUUACAUCAAACUAGACAAACUUGGAGAGGGCACAUACGCCACUGUUUUCAAGGGGAGGAGUAAACUGACGGACAACUUGGUAGCUCUGAAGGAGAUCAGGCUAGAGCAUGAAGAGGGGGCGCCCUGCACUGCAAUCAGAGAAGUGUCGCUACUGAAGGACCUGAAACACGCAAACAUAGUGACACUCCAUGACAUCGUCCACACCGACAAGUCCCUCACACUAGUCUUCGAGUACCUGGACAAAGACCUGAAGCAGUACAUGGACGACUGCGGCAACAUCCUGAGCAUGCAGAAUGUCAAGAUAUUUUUGUUUCAGAUAUUGAGAGGUUUGGCGUAUUGUCACAAACGGAAAGUACUACACAGAGACCUCAAACCCCAAAAUCUCCUCAUUAAUGAUCGGGGUGAACUCAAGCUAGCAGACUUUGGUCUGGCAAGGGCAAAAUCGGUACCCACGAAAACGUACUCGAACGAGGUGGUGACACUGUGGUACCGGCCCCCUGAUGUGCUGCUGGGCUCCUCUGAGUACUCCACUCAGAUUGACAUGUGGGGUGUGGGCUGUAUAUUCUAUGAGAUGGCCGCUGGCAGACCUCUGUUUCCUGGCUCCACAGUGGAGGAUGAACUCCACCUCAUCUUCAGGCUUCUAGGCACGCCCUCGGAGGAAAACUGGCCCGGGAUUUCUUCUAUUGAUGAGUUUAAAUCAUACAAAUUCCCCAAAUACAAAGCACAGCCACUUAUAAACCACGCACCAAGGUUGGACAACGACGGCAUCGACCUCCUGAUGUCAUUCCUAAAAUAUGAAUCAAAGAAGAGGAUCGCAGCAGAUGAGGCGAUGAGACAGUCAUACUUCAGGAGCCUGGGGCCACGCGUGCACACACUGCCAGAGAACAUAUCUAUAUUCACACUGAAGGAGGUGCAGCUGCAGAGGGACCCUGGCUACAGGAAUGCCUCCUACCCUGAGUCAGGCAAUGGGAAGAAUAGAAGACAAAGCAUGCUGUUUUAGAGUUACUGUAUUUUCUCUACUCAAGGAGGAUCUCGGGGCUGUACAAUUUUUGGAUCAGUGACCACAGAAAGAUGUUGGUAUGGGUUAUCUACAGUCAUCUUCAUCACGUCCCCCAAAAAAAGGAUUUGGGGAUUUAAGUUCAUGGUCCAACUUGGUCCACGUCUGGCCCAACUGAGACAUUUAUAUACUGUACAUCUAUAUUUAUUAAGAGAAUUUGCUGCUAAAUCCAACUACUGUCUAGAAAUCUAACUGGCUCAGUCACUUUAAUGAGUACAUGCAAUGUGUACAGAUUUUUAAUUUUUUGAAGUGGUUAAAUUUUUAGUAUUUUUUGUCUUCAUUUUCUUCAUUUUCAUUCAUCAAACAACAAGUUUGUUGAAGAGAGGUGUAUGUAGCAGCAGGUCGGUAGCGUUCCCUCAGCUGUGCUCUGAAGGUUUUAAGGGCAGCUCAUAACAGGCUUAAUGUAACAGGAGUGGUGCAGCCAAACUGUGAUUUUGGUCAAGGACUGGCAUAUCAUUCCCGGCCAAUGCAGAGCAGAAGACACCAGAGAAGAGUUAACAUGGACAUUGGGACAUUAGAUAUGAUUCAUUACUAUUUGGCUGCAGUGGAAAGCCUCAGUUUUGGUCCUUUUGAUCAGAUUUGAACACAAACGAACGGAGAAUGGAGUCGAAACCCUGUGUUUUUUUCUACCAUCCAAUCUUCAUUUUUACAAGUUGGUCCUGUCUCUGCAUCUGCUGUUGUUAACGCCUGCUCUGCCUAAGAGAAACCACAGCGAACUCUUGUCCUGCCCCUUGUGAAUGCAAUGCCAUACUGAGUCACAGUCUAUUUAACAGUGUUACAAGAAUAAUGUUUUGUAUGAUAUUCUUUAACUUUAUUUGGAAAAUUGUUAUUGGUGUGGGAUUUCAUUGCAGAUGCCCUCCCAUAAGUUUUUUUCUUUUUUUUUUUCCAGU